AUGUUAGUCACUAAUAGUGCGCUGGGAGAUCCCUUGAAGCUCAAGCAGUCUCUCAUUACAACCGCAGCAGUAGUUACUCAGGACCUUUCACCAGUGAAAACUAUACAUGCUCACUUGAAUGCCUUUCACGCCUAUGCCGACAAUCCACACCGUGCCGUCGAGACCAAUCAUUAUUGUGGCCAUUUGAACAACGAUGUUCGACAGUGUCUUCUUUACGACUCUUCUGAAGCCGAUGCGCGGCUGAUCGGCGUUGAAUACAUGAUUACACCAGCGUUGUUCCAGACCCUGUCCCCCGAGGAACAGAAGCUCUGGCACUCGCAUGUCUACGAGGUCAAGUCCGGCAUGCUGGUGAUGCCAAACUCGGUGAUUCCCGACGCAAUGUGGGCUCGGGCCGAAUACAAGGAGAUGGAGAAGGUGGUCGAGCUGUACGGCAAGGCCUAUCACCUGUGGCAGACUGAUGCCGACCAUAAACUUCCUCUGGGCAAGCCGAAGCUCAUGACGAGCUUUACUGCGGAUGGGCAGUUGUCUACCGACAAACUUGAAAGCAGAGACAAAAAAUUCAACGUCGAUCAUAAGGAAAAGAGAGCGCAGAGGAAGGACAUGCCAGAGCCUCAAGUUCAUCCAAAACGUCGAGUUGCGAUCCAGGCUCAGGUACAGCGGCGAUCCCACGUUGAAGCUCCCCCAAGCCGUCCCCGUCCACCCCUUCCAGACGUCGCUGUUGGCCUCCAGGAACGCCAGCAUGUGCAUCGCCGUCUGCUCGCACUGCCGGCCCGGCCCGGCCCCGAACUCGGUCAGCAUGCCCCUCGCGCCCGCCGCGCGGAGGACCCCGGUGACCUGCCAGAACUGCUCGCGGCAGCCGCUCCACGGCUCGCACACGCCGUACGCGCCGCCCAGCCCGUCAAAAUACUGGUGGAAGUCGAAGACCAGGUUGUCGGCGGGGUCGUUGACGAGGCCGGGGCCGAUGCCGGGCGCGGAGAAGGCUUGCCAGUCGACGAGACGCGCGAACUGGGCGUCGGAUACGAGAAUGAUGUUGUUGCUCGAGACGCUCCUGAUUCCGAGGAUGCCGUCUUAGUUCGUGUCUCCCCAUUUGAGGAUGUGAAUGUCGUGGGCUGGAGUCGGGAAUGUUAG